UGGAAUCACAACGUCGUGCCAUCCUCACUUCUGCGAGCGCAUAUAUAUCCUCGACAGCACCUACAAAUAACUCUGCAUAUAACUAGAGAAUCAUUCAUUGUUACAUCUACUGGUUCCACCUUGUUCUUUGGAUAUGACGGAGUCAUCUCGUCCUCCACAAGCGCGUCACUCGUCGACCUCUUCUAACGGCGCAAUUGAUCCGUACUCAGUGGCUCAAGUUUACUAUGGGGCGGAUCGAGAUGUGAACACAUCGUCUGGCCGCCUAGCGCGGACCAGAACUAUGUCCACUGUUGAUACUCAUACCAACACGCGGGAGUUUCCAGAAUUUCAUCCUGUGCCUCGUCGCCGUGCAUCUCAAGAUGAGCAAUCGACACCACGGAAGUUUCUCGUCGAUAUUGAUUCUACUCUCAAAGCUCUUCUGGAUUCCGAAGACACCGACGGAAAUAUGCAGAUCACGAUUGAGGACAUGGGCCCCAAGGUGCUUCAACUCGGCACUGCAAAUUCAAAUGGAUUCAACAAGUACGAUAUUCGAGGAACGUACAUGCUUUCGAACUUAUUGCAGGAGUUGACUAUCGCCAAAGAGUAUGGCCGGAAACAUAUAAUUCUGGAUGAGCAGCGGUUGAACGAGAAUCCCGUUCAUCGUCUGUCGCGGUUGAUUCGGACUCAGUUCUGGGACUCUCUCACAAGAAGAAUCGACGCUUCUCUUCUUGAGGUCGCUGCUGUUGAUCCUAAGAACCGGGCCAAAGACAAGAGUCCGAGAAUUUAUGUUCCAUAUGGCGAAAAAGAGCAAUACAACUACUAUGUGGAGGCAGGAAGCAAGAUCCCUGGAUUUGGGCUCAAGGUGGAAUAUCUUCCAAAGGAGAUCACUCCUGAGUGGGUGAAGUCUGUCAAUGAUAAACCGGGAUUGCUCGCAUUGGCAAUGGAUCAUGUGACAGACGAGUUCACGGGAGAGCCUACUCUCCGAGGAAAGCCAUUUGUUGUCCCAGGUGGUCGAUUUAAUGAGCUGUAUGGCUGGGACUCAUACAUGAUGGCCCUAGGCCUUCUUGUUGACAACCGACCAGAACUAGCGAAGGGAAUGGUGGAAAACUUUGUUUAUGAAAUCAAGCAUUACGGCAAGAUCUUGAAUGCCAACCGGUCUUAUUACCUGCUGAGAUCGCAGCCUCCCUUUCUGACUGAUAUGGCACUUCAGGUCUAUGACAAAAUUCAGUUCGAGCCAGGAUCAUUGGAUUUUCUGAAAGAAUCAAUCAAAGCUGCCAUUAAGGAGUAUCAUGAGGUCUGGAUGAGCUCACCACGACUUGACAAGGAGAGCGGAUUAUCACGAUACCGACCAGGUGGCUUAGGCAUUCCUCCUGAAACAGAGCCAUCUCAUUUUGAGCAUCUGCUUGAGCCUUAUGCCGCAAAGUACGGCAUAAGUCUUGAUGAAUUCCAGCAAAAGUACAACGAUGGCGAGAUCAAGGAGCCGGAACUAGAUGAGUAUUUUCUCCACGAUCGAGCGGUACGUGAGUCAGGACACGAUACAUCAUAUAGACUGGAGAAACGAUGCGCCAAUCUUGCAACUGUUGACUUGAACAGCUUGCUGUACAAAUACGAGGUCGAUAUAUCGUAUGUUAUUCGUCGCAAGUUUGGCGAUAAGCUUGUUAUGGACGAUGGCACAAUCGAAAACAGUGCAAGUUGGGAUCGACGAGCAAGACGGCGGAAGAUGCUGAUCGAUCAAUACAUGUGGGACGAAAAAGCCGGAAUGUACUUCGACUACGACACUGUGAAGCGCGCCAAGUCAGAUUACGAAUCGGCCACUACGUUCUGGACUAUUUGGGCCGGCGUUGCGUCUCCCAAACAGGCGGCCCGUUUGGUUGCGGAUGCGAUCCCGAAGUUUGAGGAAUUUGGCGGACUUGUGUCUGGAACCGAGAAAUCCAGAGGAGAGAUUGGAAUCGAUCGGCCAAACCGACAGUGGGAUUAUCCUUAUGGCUGGGCACCGCAGCAAAUUCUUGCGUGGGGUGGAUUGGUCCGCUAUGGCUAUGAGGAGGAUGCCGCUCGCUUGAUUUACCGAUGGCUUUACAUGAUGACGAAAGCGUUUGUGGACUACAACGGUAUAGUUGUUGAAAAAUAUGACGUCACGCGACCUGUUGAUCCACACCGAGUCGACGCAGAGUAUGGAAACCAGGGAGCCGAUUUCAAGGGUGUGGCGAAGGAAGGAUUCGGAUGGGUCAAUGCAUCAUAUAAUUAUGGCUUGACGUUGAUUAGCAGUCAUGCUAAGCGUGCCUUGGGUGCUCUGACACCUCCCGGAUUGUUUUAUGCGAGUUACAACUCUUACAUUUGAGAGGACGCUUGAUGUGCGUAUAGUCGAGAGAAUUGGUUUGGUGCGGCAUGAUUGCCUCAAGUCUACAUAGUGUUUGUUGCUUAGAUAGUUGCUGUGCAUAGCUGGUAAAUAAGAUAAUACAAUCAGUCAUUUUCAGAA